CAUGCAAGAAGAGUGCGUUCUGUAUUAGCCGCCAUUUAUAUCUGUUCAUCGCCCUAAGUGUACAUUUCCCGGAGAGCUUCUCGAGUUUCGCCACGGGUGAUCCAAUCGACAUUCGACACCAACGGCCCUAGGGUUUUGCAGGAGAGGAAAACGGCUCGAAGUCAUCGUAAAUUUGUUGUUUUCUCCUCACAACUGCUCUUUGCCAAUGGCGCAGCCGAUGGAUGUUCUCCGAGCAGCCGCUGAGGUGGUAUCGACUGCUUCUACUAAGCAGCGGAUUCACAUAUUUCGCGAGAAACUGCUGCCACUACUGGAGAUCAAAGAGCUAUCAUCUGAUGUUGUGGAACCAUUGGUGGGGUUAGUUUUUCAAACAUUGUUAAUAUAUGAUGACCGGCCAUCAAGGAAGGCUGUGGAUGAUUUGAUUAUUAAAGCUUUGAGUAGUGAAGCCUUCAUGAAGUGCUUUGCUGCUGUCCUUGUUCAAUCUAUGGAAAAGCAUUUGAAGAGCGAUUGUUCAAUAGGAUGUUUAAAACUAUUGAAGUGGUCAUGCCUUCUCGUGAGAUGGAGCCAGUUCACAUCUUUGUCUAAGGGUGGCUUUUUGAGACUUACUACUGCACAAGCAUUCUUAUGUCAAAUUCUUAUGCAUGGAGCCCACCGAAGACGCCGGGCUUGUAGGAAAUUGUUUUUCCAUAUUUUUUCUGAGGCUCCAUAUAUAUAUGAGAUGUACAUGGAGGAGCUGAAUGGCUCAAGAAUCUCCCCAAAGGAUAGCUCUGAUCUUAUAAGAAUUUUGCUUGAAUUUUCAAUCGGCAACUCAUUUUUUGAGAAAUACAAGCCGAAUUUUCUCGAGCUAUAUGUGAAAGCUGUUUUGAAUGCAAAGGACAAGCCAUCUCACGCUCUUGCUGAUGCUUUUCAACCUCUUUUCAUGCAUAUAGAACAUGAAGAUUUUCAUAUCCUUGUUUUUCCAUCAUUAAUCAAGAUGUUGAAACGAAACCCAGAGAUCAUAAUGGAAUCGAUUGGAGAUCUUUUACUCCAUGUCAAUUUGGAUAUGAGCAAGUAUGUGAUUGAAUUCCUUUCAGUGGUGCUGCCACAAGUUCGGCAUGCUGAUGAUGAAAGGAGGACCAAAGCUUUGGCUAUUGUAGCCUGUUUGAGUCAAAUGUCCAGUGAUCCAGAUGUCCUACCCUCCAUCUUCAAUGCUGUUAAAUCAAUCAUUGAAGGUUCUGAGGGAAAACUAGCACUGCCUCAUCAGAGAAUUGGAAUGAUAAAUGCUUUGGAAGAACUGUCAAAGGCACCUAGUGGGAAAACACUCAAUAAGCUUGCUCCUAUUGUCUCAGCUUUUCUUUUGUCUUGUUACAAGGGGGAUGGGAGUGAUGAGGUGAAGCUUGCAAUCUUGUCUGCUUUGGGUUCCUGGGCUUCAAGAUCUGCUGACACCGUCCAGCCAAAUGUUAUCUCUUUUCUCACUGCCGGCAUAAAGGAGAAGGAAAUUCUGAGGAAGGGGCAUCUUAAAUGUUUGCGAAUUAUAUGCAAGAAUUCUGACUCCUUAACAAAGGUUGUUCCAUUGUUGGAGUCACUUGUCCAGAUAGUUAAGAUUGGCUUCACAAAAGCAUCUCAGAGAUUGGAUGGAAUUUAUGCACUUUUUUCUGUUGCAAAAAUCGCUUUUAUAGAUACCAAAGCAGAGGAGAUUGUGCUCAAGGAGAAGCUUUGGCAAUUUCUUGCUCAAAAUGAGUCGGCAUUAAUUCCUUUCCCACAGGUUGCUAAACUCUCUAAUGAAGAUUGUGUUACAUGUAUAGAUGUUCUUGAAGUGUUGCUUGUGGAACAUCAGUAUAGAUCGUUGGAAUUUUUAUCUGUCAAAGACUUUCUACAGCUACUGCUUCAUUUUAUUUGUCAUCCAUGCUGGGAUGUCCGCAAAGUUGCUUAUGAUGCCACAAGAAAGAUUAUUUCAUCGUCAACGAAAUUAGCAGGGGAGCUAUUACUUCAAUAUAGAAAUUGGUUUCCAGUAGUUAGUGAUAGAAUUUCAGCUAUGAAGUUAAGUGAUACAGAAAGUCGACUAGAUUCUCAUAUAGCAGUUGUUCCAUCUGCCGAAGUGUUGGUGAAGUGCUUGCUACUGAUUGCACCUGCAGUGAUAGCUAGUUCUGGGACAUAUUCUAUGCUUAUUUUUUGUGCACAUCAUCCUUGCUUGGCUGGCACUGCUAUAAGCGAUACAGUUUGGAAGAGGCUCCAAAGAAAUCUUCGAAGGCACAAUUUUGAUAUCAUUGAAAUCAUGACUGCAAAUGUGAGCUUAAUAUGCAAGGAUUUAUUGGGAUCCAAGGGAUUAAUGAGUUCUAAUUCACUAGAGCAAAUUGCAGCCUUGCACUCAUUGUCAACAUUGAUGAGGAUAACACCCAAUGACACGUUUUCAGAGUUUGCGAAACACUUGAAUGGGCUUCUGGACAGUCGAGUGCAUGAUGCUUUAUCAGAGACUGAUAUAAAGAUCUUUUAUACUCCGGAAGGUAUGUUAUCAAGCGAGCAAGGUGUUUAUGUUGCGGAGACAAUUGUGGCUAAGAACACGAAACUUGCAAAAGGCCGUUAUCGUCUGUAUGAAGACCUGGAUGACUUUGAUAAUGUCAAAUCUAGCAAUCCUGUUCGAAAAGAACCUAGCCGAAAAGAUACUUUGAACUCAGGGAAGAAAGAUAUACUGAAGGCUUCCAAGAAAAGUGAUAAGCCAAAAACAGCUAAGGAGGAAGCUAGGGAAUUGCUGCUUAUGGAGGAGGCCUCUAUUCGGGAGAAAGUUAGAUGCAUUCAGAUUAAUCUUUCUAUGAUGCUUAAAGCUCUUGGUGAACUGGCCUUUGCUAAUCCAGUUUUCGCACAUGCUCAACUACCCACACUUGUAAAAUAUGUUGAACCUUUACUUCAUUCACGGAUUGUAAAUGCUGCUGCAUUUGAUGCCAUGCUCAAGCUUGCUAGGUGUUUAGCCCCUCCUCUUAAUGACUGGGCAAGUGAGAUUACUGCUGCUCUAAACAUAAUUUCAUCUGAAGAUGCGCGCACAGUCUCAGACCUUAUUGCCCCAAUCAGUGAAGGGGAGGAUAUAAAUAAAUGGCCAUCUGUUGGUCUUUUUGAGAGGAUAGUUUCUGGACUAGUGGUGUCCUGCAAGUCUGGGCCACUCCCUGCAGAUUCAUUUACCUUUGUGUUUCCAAUCCUGGAGCAGAUUUUACUUUCAUCAAGGAAAACUGCUCUACAUGAUGAUGUGCUUCAUAUAAUCUCUAUGCAUGUAGAUCCUAUAUUGCCUCUUCCCAGAACACGGAUGCUACAAGUCCUUUAUCACGUUCUUGGUAUUGUUCCUUCUUAUAAAGUAUCAAUAGGGCCCUUGUUAAAUGAGAUAUGUUUAGGCUUAAAGCCUGAUGAAAUAGCAACUGCUAUGUAUGGAAUUUAUGCAAAAGAUGUUCAUGUCAGGCUUUCCUGCUUGAAUGCAUUAAAUUGUAUUCCUUCAAUUUCUGGACAUUCUAUGCCUCAGAAUCUUCAAACUGCUACAAGAAUUUGGAUUGCAUUACAUGAUCCAGAGAAGGCGGUUGCUGAAGCUGCAGAGAAAGUAUGGGAUUGCUAUGGAUGUGAAUUUGGCACUGACUAUUCUGGUCUUUUUGAUGCUCUAUCCCAUGUUAACUACAAUGUGCGUGUGGCUGCAGCUGAGGCGCUAGCUGCAGCUUUGGAUGAAAAUCCUGAAACAAUUCAAGAUGCGCUUUCAACUCUUUUUUCUAUAUAUAUACGGGAUCUUAGCACAGGAUUUGAGGUUGCUGAUCUUUGCUGGCUUGGGAGACAAGGCAUAGCUUUGGCACUGCAUUCAGCUGCAGAUGUUUUGAGAACUAAAGAUCUUCCUGUUGUAAUGACGUUUCUUAUAUCACGUGCCCUGGCUGACCCUAAUAUGGAUGUCCGUGGGAGAAUGAUAAAUGCUGGCAUCAUGGUUAUUAACAAGCAUGGAAAAGAAAAUGUUCCUUUACUGUUCCCCAUUUUUGAUAGUUACUUAAAUAAAAAGACGUCUGAUGAGGAGAAGUAUGAUCUUGUUCGAGAGGGCGUUGUGAUCUUUACAGGAGCAUUAGCAAAACAUUUAGCAAAGGAUGAUCCUAAAGUUCAUGCUGUGCUUGAGAAACUCUUGGAUGUUUUAAACACUCCCUCGGAAGCCGUUCAGCGUGCUGUUUCAGAUUGUUUAUCUCCUUUAAUGGCAUCAAAGCAUGAUGAUGGUCAGACACUGGUUUCCCGACUUUUGGAUCGUAUGAUGAAAGGUGACAAGUAUGGUGAACGACGUGGUGCAGCUUUUGGGCUUGCUGGGGUUGUGAAGGGGUUUGGAAUUUCCUGCUUGAAGAAGUAUGGGAUAAUAGUCAUGUUACAGCAAGGAUUGGAAGACAGGAAUUCUGCAAAGGCUCGUGAAGGAGCUUUACUUGGAUUUGAAUGUCUUUGUGAGAAGCUUGGCCGAUUGUAUGAGCCGUAUGUCAUUUUGCUGUUACCCUUGCUUUUGGUUGCUUUCUCGGAUCCAGUUAGUGCUGUCCGUGAAGCUGCUGAGUGUGCUGCUCGUGCAAUGAUGGCACAACUUACUGGUCAUGGAGUGAAGCUUAUCCUUCCUUCACUUCUGAAGGGCCUAGAGGACAAAGCCUGGCGAACAAAACAAAGUAGUGUGCAACUGCUUGGUGCUAUGGCAUAUUGUGCUCCUCAACAGUUAUCUCAGUGCUUGCCCACAAUUGUCCCCAAGUUAACGGAGGUGCUUACUGACACACAUCCAAAAGUUCAAUCGGCAGGGCAAGAUGCUCUUCAGCAGGUUGGAAGUGUGAUAAAAAAUCCAGAAAUAUCUGCUCUGGUUCCUACCCUUCUGUCGGGUCUCAGUGACCCUAAUCAAUAUACUAAGCACUCUCUUGACAUUCUUCUCCAGACAACUUUUAUCAACUCAGUAGAUGCACCGUCUUUGGCACUAUUGGUGCCCAUUGUCCAUAGAGGCUUAAGGGAGAGGAGUUCAGAAACCAAGAAAAAGGCAGCUCAGAUAGUUGGUAAUAUGUGUUCCUUAGUAACUGAUCCAAAGGAUAUGAUUCCGUAUAUUGGGCUGCUACUUCCUGAAGUGAAGAAGGUUUUGGUUGAUCCUAUACCAGAAGUACGUGCUGUUGCGGCUAGGGCUAUCGGGUCCCUAAUCAGGGGAAUGGGAGAGGAAAACUUCCCAGAUCUUGUAUCUUGGUUAUUGGAAACACUCAAGUCUGACAAUAGUAAUGUUGAACGAUCUGGUGCUGCACAAGGGUUGAGCGAGGUUUUAGCUGCACUUGGAAAGGACUACUUUGAACACAUUCUACCUGACAUAAUCCGCAAUUGUUCUCAUCAAAGAGCAUCUGUCCGUGAUGGGCACUUGACACUUUUUAAAUACUUGCCGAGAUCCUUGGGCGUCAUAUUUCAGAACUACUUGCACACAGUUCUGCCUGCUAUUUUGGAUGGCCUUGCUGAUGAAAAUGAGUCCGUCCGUGAUGCAGCACUAAGUGCAGGGCAUGUGUUUGUGGAGCAUUAUGCAGCAACGUCGUUACCUCUUUUGCUGCCAGCAGUUGAGGAUGGGAUUUUAAAUGAUAACUGGCGUAUUAGACAAAGUUCUGUUGAGCUUUUGGGCGAUCUCCUUUUCAAGGUGGCUGGAACUUCCGGAAAAGCUCUUCUUGAAGGGGGUAGUGAUGAUGAGGGAUCAAGUACUGAAGCUCAUGGUCGCGCAAUCAUUGAAGUUUUAGGCAGGGAUAAGCGAAAUGUUGUUCUUGCUGCAAUCUACAUGGUCCGUAGUGAUGUAACCCUGUCUGUCCGGCAGGCUGCUUUACAUGUUUGGAAGACUAUUGUGGCUAAUACUCCAAAGACCCUUAAAGAAAUAAUGCCUGUUUUAAUGAAUACUCUUAUUUCUUCACUUGCUUCACCUUCACCAGAUAGACGUCAGGUUGCAGGGAGGUCUCUGGGUGAGCUUGUGAGAAAGCUUGGUGAAAGAGUUUUGCCUUCUAUCAUACCUUUCUUAGCACAAGGGCUCAAUGAUCCUGAUGCCAGCCGUAGACAGGGAGUUUGUAUUGGACUUAGUGAAGUGAUGGCAAGUGCUGGUAAACAACAACUGCUAAGCUUUAUGGAUGAUCUUAUCCCAACAAUUCGUACAGCCCUUUGUGACAGCAUGCCAGAGGUUCGAGAAUCUGCUGCCUUAGCUUUCAGCACACUUUACAAAAGUGCUGGUAUGCAAGCAAUUGACGAUAUUGUUCCAACACUAUUAAAGGCCCUGGAAGAUGAUGAAACAUCUGAUAAGGCCCUUGAUGGCCUUAAACAAAUCUUGAGUGUCAGGACUUCAGCUGUUUUGCCUCACAUCUUACCGAAACUUGUUCAUCCCCCACUUUCUGCUUUCAGUGCUCAUGCAUUGGGAGCCUUGGCUGAGGUUGCUGGAUCCGCCUUAAAUUUUCAUGUUGGAACAAUUCUUCCUGCGUUAUUAGCUGGAAUGGGUGAUGAUAAUGAGGGUGUACGGGAUUCAGCCAAGAAAGCUGCAGAGACUGUUAUGCUGGUUGUUGACGAAGAUGGGGUUGAAGCGCUUCUUUCCGAGCUGCUUAAAGGAGUUACUGACAGUCAGGCUUUAAUGAGAAGAGGUUCGUGCUACCUAAUUGGAUACUUCUUCAGUAACAGUAAGCUGUAUUUGGUGGAUGAGACUCCUGAAAUGAUCUCCACUCUUAUUGUUUUAUUGAGUGACUCGGAUUCAGCUACUGUUGUGGCUGCUUGGGAAGCUUUGGGAAGAGUUGUGAGCUCAGUUCCCAAAGAAGUUCUAUCCUCAUAUAUCAAACUAGUUCGAGAUGCAGUCUCUACAGCAAGAGACAAAGAAAGAAGGAAACGAAAGGGUGGACGUACUCUAAUACCUGGGUUCUGCCUUCCUAAAGCUCUUCAACCAUUACUUCCAAUAUUUCUUCAGGUACUUUGCUUAAUGCCAAGCAUUGAUUCAUCCAAUGAGGGCAUGAAGUCAGUAUUGCCUUUUAGUGUUUUCUUUGAUCCCCUGAGCGGAUUGGCUGGUUCAACUGUAACCGGUCAUGUAGUUGGUUUGGUCCAUCUUAAGAACCACCACUUCAUCAAGCAGGCAGUCUGGAGUCUUCUUGAACCUUGUGUGGAUGCACAAGAUGAGGGUGGCUGCUCGGAAAUCUCAUCCUACUGGGUGGGUAUAACCAUACAAGGCAAAAAGCCUUUGAAACAGAACUGGCUGGCAAGACGUCCAGUGGAGGCAGCCAGAUAUUGCUCCGAAGAUUCAAGAUGGCUGUUGGGAAGAGAGAAGAGGCUUCGGACGCUUUUGCCCACAUGCAGACCUCUUAUCCGGAUAAUAGGGGAUAGAUUCCCGUGGCAAGUGAAAGGGGCCAUCUUAGCUACCUUAUCCAUAAUAAUCAGCAAGGGUGGGAUUGCACUUAGGCCCUUUCUUCCUCAGCUUCAAACUACAUUCAUUAAAUGUUUGCAAGAUAGCACAAGAAGUGUGCGUACAAGUUCAGCGCUCGCUCUUGGAAAGCUUAGUGCACUCAGCAACCGGGUCGACCCUUUGGUUGGUGAUCUUCUUUCUACUUUGCAGGCAUCAAAUGGUGGAGUAAGGGAAGCUGUUUUAACUGCUCUUAGAGGUGUUAUUAGGCAUUCUGGGAAGAGUAUAAGCAAUACUGUCAGAUGUCGGCUAUGCACUCUCCUCGGGGAGUUGAUUCAAGUCGAUGUUGACGAAGUACGAGAAUCUGCUGCAAAAGUUAUCGGGACUAUGUCUAAGUACUUGGAAAACAGUGAAGCUAUGGAUCUGCUGCAAACAUUGUCUUCCUUAUGCACCUCACCAAAUUGGUACAAUAGGCAUGGCGCAAUGCUUACCCUCUCUUCUAUGGCUUUGCAUGCGCCAUCCAUGAUAUGCCAAUCAUCGCUUUUCCUAUCUAUCAUGGAUAAUCUGAAAAGUUCCUUACGAGAUGACAAGUUCCCUGUUCGUGAAACUGCAACUAAAGCUCUGGGAAGGCUACUUUAUUAUGAGGCCAAAAAUGAAGCGCAGAAGAGUGCUUUAGCGGAUCUUCUUGGAUCACUUAUCUUAGCUUUGCAAGAUGAUUCCAGUGAUGUCAGGAGAAGAUCUUUAUCCAGUAUAAAAGCUGCUGCACAGGUAAAUCAUUUUAUGGUUAUGGCCAACAUCUCCAAUUUGGGCCCUGCUAUUGCGGAGUGUUUGAAAGAUGGUAAUAUGCCUGUCCGCCUUGCCGCGGAACGUUGUGCUCUUCAUGUUUUUUUACUGACAAAAGGUGCGGAUUAUGUGCAAGCUGCUCAGAAGUAUAUCACUGGCCUAGAUGCUCGUAGAUUAUCAAAGCUCUCUGAAAACAGUGAUGAUUCUGGCAACAGUGAGGAUGAGGCAGUGAAUACAUGAUGAAAACAGCUGGUCGUCAAACAUUUUCUAGCACUACUUUUGACGCACACAAUAAAGCAACUCUGAUAGCAUCGGCUGUCGUUUUGUCAUCAUAUUUACAGUCAUUAAGCAGCAUAGAAAAUCUGGAAGAGCUUUUGCCAGAAAGAUAUUGGGCAAAAGAAGACAAAUCCACUGUAUCUUUUGCUCGAACUGAUAGCCAUUAUAGAGCCAAACCGCCACCUCAUUUUUACAACUGUAAUUAUUUUUUUUACUGAAAAAAAAAAAUAAACAAUUUUGUGACUUUCUGUAUUUAUCAGGAAACCUUCCAAGGCCUGUUUUUAAUUGUACCUGACCUGAUCUUAGGCUUUUUGUCAAAGAGGUUUUGCAAGCCAUCAACACAAUGGAUGUAGAGUAUGAAAGCAUCUUCAAGCUCAAAACUGUUCUUUUGGAACUCAUUUAUUAAUGAAAGCAUAUGAGCCUGGAUUUCUUCA